AAUAAAUAAAAUGGCUGAAUACGGGCAAUUACCUGAGGUCAAUAAGAGCCAAGGGAAAUGGAGCAGCAGGACUCCAGUAAGAAGCUCUGAUAACAACAAAAGCGUCAUGAGCAAUAGUAAAAAGAGUAGAAAUUAUGAAAAUUGCAAUCGAACCAUCACCAACCCUGAUAGAGCAUAUCAACUCAGAGAAGCUGAAAAGGAGCUCAAAAACUCAGUCUCAGCCAUAAUCAAGGAAAAAACUAAAUAAUGACGGGAAAAUGAAAAUUCAGGAUUCGUACAACCCACUGUUCAAACCUCAUGUCUACUGUAAGAAGUGGAUAAAGGAGAAGAUACCCAAUAUGUAUGAUAUUAUCAAGAAGAGAGCAAUGCAAACUCCAAGUCCUGACAAAUACUCUAAAGUAGAGUCGAUGAAAGUGCCCCAAUUUUAUGCAGGGUUUUCCAAAGUCAAAAAAGUGACUUAUAUUGAUUCGAUAAUGGCAGAGAAAAAGAAAAUCCCUGCUCCGAACAGUUAUAAGCCAAAUUACCCAAAAUCAAAAUGAACUUUGUUCGUCUCAAAGGCUAAAGGAGGGAACGCUUUCAUCGAUUCUGCAACUUUCAAAGGACAGCAGACCCCUGGCAUCCAAAAUGUCAAAUAUAAAAGUGUAGAAAAGAAGCCAUAUGAGCUUAAGAUAACCAAGACUAAGAGAGGAAGCUUUCUAGACCCGAUUACAAAGAAUAAGAAAAACCCAGGAGCUUGCUCUUACAAAGUAAUGGAAUCCUACGACGCUACUCAGAAGAAGAAGACUUCACUCUUCCUACCAAAAGAAAGAAGAAAGACAGUGACUGAUGAAAUACUUCAGAGAAAGAAAAGCGUGCCUGGAGUCGGCAAGUAUAUUGAUUCCAGUAAAGGCAAAGACAUUUACAGCUUGAUAAGUAAAAGAACCUUCGUGAGAAAAGGUAGAUUUGGCUAAAAGAUCAGUUGAUUAAGAAUUCAUGUUUCUUAUUCACAUAUUUU